GGAGUUGUACGGAUGCUCUGUGCUGUAUGAUCUUCGUGCUAUUUGUUAUGGGCUACGUCCUGUUAGGACUCGUGGCUUGGGCACAUGGUGACCCCAGGAGAGUGGUCUAUCCCACAGACAGCCAGGGACACUUCUGUGGUCAGAAGGGAACACCCAAUGAGAACAAGACCAUUUUGUUUUACUUUAACCUAUUCAGAUGCACCAGCCCGUCCAUGAUGCUUAGACUGCAGUGCCCCACCACACAGAUCUGCGUCUCCAGGUGCCCAGAGAAAUUCCAAACCUACCUUGAAAUGCAGUUUUUGAACAAAAAAGACAAACACCACUGGGAAUACUACCGCCAGUUCUGCAAGGCCACGGCCAGGCCUGCGAAGUCCCUCUCAGAUCUCCUGUCCCGAGGUGACUGUCCCUCGGCAGUCUACCCAAGCAGACCUUUCCUGAAGAGAUGUCUGCCUGACUUCUCAGCCAUCAAUGGUAACUUAACCAUGGGAAGCAGGGUACAUUUUGAAGAUGGACAUGGAAGAACCAGAAAUGCCGUAGAGCUCAGGGAGGCCGCAAAUGGCAUCAGUCAAAUCCUUGAUGCCAGAGCGAUUGGGCUGAAGGUGUUUGAGGACUACACAACUACGUGGAAAUGGAUCCUCAUUGGUCUGACUCUCGCCAUGGCACUGAGUUGGACGUUCUUGAUGCUCCUGAGGUUCAUAGCUGGAUUCCUCUUCUGGGUCUUCAUAUUUGGUGUGCUGGGAAUUAUAGGAUACGGAAUAUGGUACUGUUUCCUGGAAUACAAUGACCUGCAACAGAAACCACAGUCAUCAAUCAUGAUAUAUGACAUCGGGAUUCAAACUAACAUAAGCAUGUUCUUCCACUUGAAACAAACUUGGUUCUCAAUGAUGAUCAUCUUAUCCAUCAUUGAAGGCAUCAUCGUCAUUGUGCUGAUCUUCCUCAGGAGGCGGAUCGGAGUGGCCCUCGUCCUGCUGAAGGAAGGAAGCAAAGCCAUUGGCUACGUCCCCAGCACAUUAGUCUUCCCGAUGGUAACUUUCAUCUUACUGUCGAUCUGCAUUUCCUACUGGGCUGUGACAGCCAUUUUCUUGGCUACAUCAGGGGUACCAAUAUUCAAAGUUAUGGUCCCAGAGGGGGAAUGUAUACAUGAAGAUGAAACUUGUGAUCCAGAGAUUUUUCCUAAAACUCACAUUCCCGAAGUCUGCCCUGGGGCAUCAUGUAACUUCGCUUUCUAUGGGGGAAGGAGUGAGUAUCACAGUUACAUGGUGACCUUCCAGAUCUACAACUUCUUCGCUUUCCUCUGGCUUGUAAACUUCAUCAUUGCGUUGGGUCAGUGCACCCUUGCUGGUGCCUUUGCUUCCUAUUACUGGGCCAUGCGAAAACCUGAGGACAUCCCGCGGUACCCACUCUUCACGGCUUUUGGACGAGCAGUCCGAUACCACACGGGUUCCCUAGCCUUUGGAUCUUUGAUCCUCGCAUCAAUUCAGAUAUUUAAAGUGAUCAUAGAAUACCUGGACAGGCGACUUAAAAGGGCUCAGAACAGCGUGGCCAGGUUUCUACAGUGUUGCCUACGGUGCUGUUUCUGGUGUUUGGAAAAGAUGGUGAAGUUUUUAAACAGGAAUGCCUAUAUCAUGAUUGCAUUAUAUGGCAAAAACUUCUGUGAGUCAACGAGAGAUGCUUUCAAUCUGCUCAUGAGAAACAUUUUGAAAGUUGCAGUUACAGAUGAAGUCACACACUUUGUAUUACUCCUGGGGAAAAUUCUAGUUUCCGGGAUUGUAGGUGUCAUGGCCUUCCUGCUCUUCACAGAGAGACUACAGAUGAUUAUAGAGGGACCAACAAGUUUAAAUUACUACUGGGUCCCUUUCUUGACUGUUGUGCUUGGAUCUUACCUGAUUGCUCAUGGGUUCUUCAGCGUCUACUCAAUGUGUGUCGAGACCAUUUUCAUCUGCUUCUUGGAAGACUUAGAAAGGAAUGAAGGCUCUCCUUUAAGACCUUAUUUCGGGACUCCAUCUCUAAGGAACCUUUUGCUGGAGCGGAACUUGAAUAAGAAGCAGUAGGAGAAGCCAGCAGGGCGUCCUGUCGCCUGUGUCACCUCCCACACUAUAUCUGGCCAACAUGCCUUCCACAGAGCUUUGGUUGAGGACGUUUGUAUCCAAGGCCUUUGCUGGCUUGUGUUUGCAUCUUAUACCAAAGCCCACGCUGUAACCUGUGAAGCCACCAGAAGUCGCAAGGGAAUUCUUAAUUACACGCAACAUUUUUAUACUAAGAUCUUUCAUUUUGUAGUUUA